AUUGAUGAUAAGGGGUGCGUAUUCGCGGUCGGAACCAAUAACUGUUUCGUUUGAAAACUUGUCACUUUUGCACUUUUGACUUUGGUGUUCGGUUGUUGUCCGUGAAAUUUUGUACAAUGUGUUCGUGUUGACGUGGCGAAUGGUUUGACAGCUAUUUUUGCAGAAACAAGCCAACGAAAAUAACAACUAUUCCAAAGAUUAUUGACGGUUGAAGAUUUGUGGUAAAAUGAAGACUAGCAUUGGAAUCCCUGGUGCAGGUAAAAAAAAACUGUUAACAAAGAAGUUUUUCUCAUAUGCAGGGGUGACUGUUAAGCUCCAAUGAUUUCCAUCGAGCAAGAAACCAAGGUAUUGGCAAGAUGGCAGAACUUGACAGCGAUGAUGCCUUUCACAGUGCAGAUGAAGAAAGUAAAACAGUAGACAGUGCCCCACCUUCAAGUGACCAAGAAGGAAAAUCUACAUCACAAUCAAAUCCAUCUACUGCAAGUGCUUCAAAUACUGCAGCUUCCAAGAAGGAACCUCCAAACACUGGAAAGUGCAAGAAUUCAAAAGGAAAGAAGGGGAAGAAAAAACAAACAUCUGUACAAGAAGAUAAAGAGGCUAAAAGUGAAGUUUCUAAACCAGUUAGUCCAGCUGUCUCUGUUGAGACUUCACCGGAGAAACCUACAUUGCCAAAACAGGAGGAAACUCAGACAGAAACAGACAAGGAACAAUCAAAACCCUCUGAAGAAACAAUGAGUGAGGAAACAAAAACAGAAACAGUGGAGAGUGAAUCUCGAACCAUUGAUGACAGCAAACCCCCAGCUGUCAAAGAAACCCUAACAGAAAGUUCUGAACAACACAAAGUACAAUCUGCCAAUUUGGAAGAGCAACCUGAUGAAGAUCAGUCAAGAGAGGAUAUUCAAUCACAGCAAGAUGCUAAACAUGAAGAUGCUAAAGAUACUCAAAUGAAAACAGAUACUGAAGAUUUGCACGAAGAGAAUGAUGGUUCUCAGGAAAAUGAAAAGAAAUUAUUAGAGUCAGGAGAUCAGAUUGAAAGAAAUGUUGAGGAUGUUCCUUUAUCAUUUGAUGGAAUGGUAAAAUCUGAUGAAACAGCAGCAGGAAGUUCUUCUGAAGAGGCUGAGGUAUCUAUGGCAGGAGCUUUAAGUAGGCUGACUGGAGAGAAACCAGAUGAGAAGAAAUCUAGUGGAGGUUGGGGAUGGGGAGGAUGGGGCUCAUCUCUUGUCUCGUCAGUCUCUAAAGUUGGUCACAGCUUGAGCUCAGUUAUUGAGAAUGUUGAAACAUCUCUUGGUGUGCCUAAACCAGAAACAUUGUCAGAACAAGAACUGAAAGAACAGCAGUUUGUUGUAAAGUCUGAAGGAGAAAGAGAUAAGAAUGAAGAGGAGACAGUAGAUGAAGAGAAACAAGAAGAUGGAGAAAUGAAAGAUCAGGAUGAAGAUGUUAAACAAAAAGAAGGCGAGAUUCCUGAGGGCCAGUCAGAGGCACAAUCUUCAUCUAGUGUGAAGGGAUUCUUCUCAUUUGGAGCUUCAGCUAUAACCAGUGUUGUUGGUAAGACAGUUACUGGAGGCUUAGAUGCUUUAGAGACCAUCGGACGUAAAACGAUGGAUGUACUCCAGGAGGGAGAUAGUGAAGCAAUAAGGAGGCAGGGCAAUGCUGGUGGAGAAAGGGGAAGGUUGUCAGAGAUAUUACGAGAUGCCAAGAAAGAAGCUGAGACAGUUGCCCUUUUGGAAGAGGAAGAAAAAGAGCGACAGAGGGCGCACUUUGGCUUCCUUUUUGAUCAGUUCCAGGGUCUGGCACACCUUGAAGCACUAGAGAUGAUUAGUAAUCAGAGUGAAAGUAAAGUUCAAGGGUCAUUGAGUACGCUCAGUGGUGAUAACCUUCAGAGUUUGAAGACUGAACUAAUUGAGAUCAGGGAUGCAUUCCAGUUGGAGGAUCUGGAGUCAGAGGACCAGCCUGAAGGGAGUGAGCAAGACUUUGUGAAUGCAAUAACUGAACAUCUGUUUGGUGUGACUAUAGCAUCUACUCCCGACAAACUACAACGGGUCCAGAAGGCGGCUCAUGAUUGGUUAGCAGAAUGCAAGACAAAACAGGAGGCUGGUCAGAAACAAGAAAUAAAGGAGUUGCACAUUAAAGCUAUGGAGGUAUUUGCUGAGUUCACAUCCAGAGUGAUAGAGCAAUUUCACAAGGCAUCGGAGCUGAUGCUUCUACCUCAGGAUAAAGAACAAGGGAAGAGUUCUGUUCAACGAGCAACAAGCCUCUCAAAGUUGACUAGUGUCCUAGCUGCAGAGGUCAGUAACUUGGCUAAUAACUUUGGUGAAUGUUUGAAUCGGGAAGCAACCAAUCAAGAGGAUGAGAACUCAGAAGAUGUUAAUCCUCUCAUCACAAACAUCUACCUAGAGGCAUCUAAUAGUACAUCCUACAUCCAGGAUGCAUUCCAGCUCAUCCUUCCAGUUCUUCAGAUGGUUAGCAUUGAGAGGAGACAAGAAUCAUUACUGGAGGCUACUUCAUGAAUCUAGAAUGAGGCAAGCGCUUUGGUGGAUAUUUUGCGCUUUAAGACUUCAAUAUUAUUGUUAUUAUUAUUACAUAGUAAACUAUGUUGUAAAAAUUUGACAUGAUUGUCAUCCCACAAUGCAUGAAUAACCUCAAU